CAACCAUGGCAGGAAAGAGCCCUUCGCUUUGCUGCCGAGUGCUGACUGCGUAGUAGCCGAGAAGCCGAGAGGGGAAAAGAGGGGAGGGCCCAGGAACUCAAAUCUGCUAGCUUUUAGGAAGCAGCUUUACUUUGAGCUGCCAGGCAGAAUCGGCGCGACUGGGAACAGAUUUCUUGCUGCAGUUUUUGUACUUUCUUGCUGGGACAUGGGGCGCGCAGUCGGUUCACUGGAGUGACGUAUGAGAGAUCUGUGCUGCAGACUACGGGCAGAUGUAGCAGAUCGCUCGCUUGGAGUUUAGAGUUUGUGCUGGAUGUUGUGUUGUGUUCUGUAGCGAGACUAGCGAACUUGAUGGCUAGCUUGCUUUAAGUGCCGCGGAAACAAGAGGAUGCACUUUCGAAACUUUCCUUGUUUUUGUAUACCGAAUUUCAAUGAAGGUUAAUAUUUUUUGUUAAACUCGACUUCACGAGGAACCCAUUGAUUCGGAGAUACCGCAGUGCCUCAAGGAAGAAUUUUUUUAUUAUUAUUAUAUUUUUUUAGACAUCACGUGCAUAUUUACUCAGUUUGGGGAGACUACUUUUUUAUCGAUGACACUCGAUCACCUGAAAAACUCUGCAAUCCUUACCAAUCUGUUUAGGAUGGAAGAAGACGAUGAUUUAAAAGGAGCCUCGGAGUUCAUCAGAAACCGCCUGUACUUCGCCACGCUGAGAAGCAAGCCAAAGAGUACCACCAACACACACUACUUCAGCACAGAUGACGAAUUUGUGUACGAAAACUUCUAUGCAGAUUUCGGGCCCCUGAACCUGGCCAUGCUCUACCGAUACUGCUGCAAGCUCAACAAGAAACUCAAGUCCUUCACCUUAACGAGGAAGAGGAUUGUCCACUACACCAGUUUUGACCAGCGCAAGAGAGCCAACGCAGCUGUUCUCAUCGGGGCCUAUGCAGUGAUCUAUUUGAAGAAGAGUCCAGAGGAGGCCUAUAGAGCUCUGAUCUCUGGAUCCAACGCAUCAUACCUGCCCUUCAGGGACGCGUCGUUUGGGAACUGCACGUUCAACUUGACCAUCCUAGACUGCUUACACGGCAUCAAGAAGGCUCUACAGCACGGCUUUUUAAACUUCGAGACCUUCGAUGCCAACGAGUACGAGCAUUACGAGAGAGUGGAGAAUGGUGAUUUUAACUGGAUCGUUCCGGGGAAGUUUCUGGCCUUCAGCGGUCCCCACCCCAAGAGCAAAGUAGAGAACGGUUAUCCCCUGCACGCCCCUGAGGCCUACUUCCCGUAUUUCCGUAAGCAUGGCGUUGCCGCGGUGAUCCGGCUCAACAAGAAGAUCUACGAGGCGCGGCGCUUCACCGACGCGGGCUUCAGCCACCACGAGCUCUUCUUCCCCGACGGCUCCGCCCCUCCCGAUGACAUCAUGAGACGCUUCCUGCACCUGUGCGAAAACACGCGCGGUGCCGUCGCAGUGCACUGCAAAGCUGGUCUGGGCCGUACGGGCACUCUGAUUGGCUGUUACCUGAUGAAGCAUUACCGCUUCACUGCACCCGAAGUCAUCGCCUGGAUACGCAUCUGCAGACCAGGCAGCAUCAUCGGACCACAGCAGCACUACCUAGAGGAGAAGCAGGCCCUCUUGUGGCAGCAGGGGGAAUUGCAGAGGGCGGAGCAUCAUCGAGUGGAGGGCGACGCCCACUUAAUCUCCCGACUCAGCGACCUCACACUCAACAUGGAGCAGAUGGAGCCUGAGGAGAACGGCGUGUGUGUGACGCAGGGAGAUAAACUUCGUGCCUUAAAGGGGCGUCGCCAUCCCAGAUCAGCAACGCUCAGGUCAGAGGAGAUGAAGCUGCACACACAGACAGCAACGCAACCCUACAGGGCGAGCAGUGCGGUGGGCCUUACUGUAUCGAGGGUGGCAGCCAGCUCUGCAUCAGCCAAGAGAAUCAGCAGAAACUCACUACCCUCGGGAUCCAGCAUCAAGAGCACCAUAAGCUGCAGGCUGGCUAGUUCCCUUGGUAACCUGCGCGAGGGUUCCGAGGACAACCGAACAAGCGCCACCUCCCCUUCCUCCUCCCCCACCUCGCCCUCCUCCUCUCCGUCCCGCUCCUCCCCCUCUUCCUCUCCUCCGUCCCGCGCGCUCCUGCUCUCCUACUCCUCCGCCACGCGCUCCUGCGUCUACGAGCUCAACAACAACCAGUACAGCUCCUCCCACAACCAGUACAGCCCCGCCCAUAGCAAGUAUAGCCCCGCCUAUGGCACAUUAAGCUCCACCUCUGUGGUCCACAGCUCCAGCAAGAGUCCGUCCUCCUCCCUGCUGGCCGCGCCCACUUCUAUGGGGUCAAGGGUCGCGGCGGGGGGGCUGGGGGGGUCGUCAGGCCGCUACCUCAGCCGCUCCAUCCCCUCUCUUCAGUCGGAGUUCGCCCAGUACUAAAGCGGCAACCAUCGGCUGACCCCACACACACACACACACACACACACACACACACACACACACACACUCUCCGACAACUGUGGACCAGUGGACUCUCUUAUGAACUGCGAUGAUGGACCCAAACCAACACAAGAAGCUUCAGCUACACAAACACACACUGUGACUGUCUACACACACACACACACACACAUACACACACAGGACUUGUUUCUGAUCAUCAUGUUAUCCCAUCGAUUCUUUUAUCACUUUUAUUUUAUUUAAAGGGAAUGAAGAGAAACUCCCUCUCACACACACACACACACACACACACACACACAUAUCUAAAUCAUCAGUAUUGAGACUGAACCCACACACACACCUCUGCAGAGGUUCUUGUUGUUUCUUGUUGUUGUUUUUUUAGCUUAAGUUAAAGGAUUAUGCUUGUGUGUGUGUGUGUGUGCGUGCGUGCUCUAACGCACAACUUACACACUGAUUCCUGCCUGCGUGCUACACUCACCGAUCUUAGAAACCCAACAAUGCUUUUGUUGCAACACUGA